AAAGCUCAGGCUGUCACGGUUGUAGCUGCGAGGUAACGGCACAUUAGCCUCGACAGUCGUAAUUGUCUCUUGGCUUGGGAUGUUCAUAAUAUUUGUAAUUAAUUUUGCAAUGUCUGUCAGCAAAAGGCCGUGGCUUUUAAAACAGGAAGAACAACGUAUUGUAAGUCAACGAGAGCCAACCUUUAACGUUAAUUCGGCGUGUGUCCAAAACAACAAGAAACUGUUCUUCCUUUGAUAUUUCUGCUUUUCCUGGGGAAAUGUGAGGCUACUUCCUGGGUCUGUCCCCGCAGGUGACAGUGGGCUGAGACCUUUCCAAAGGCUGGCUUUUCGUUGAUAGCAGAGAUGAACACCUUCAAGCAGAGAGCCAGGGGUCUAGUGGUCGCCUACGAUGACAGUCUGGAGCAGCAAAUUGUGGGACAAGGCUCCAGCAUGGCAUGUAGAGAUGAUGAGCUAUGGAAGCAGGUGGAGGGGCUGCUGAAGGCUGGGGAUGCUCAGGAGAUGCACUGCCUCGCCCUGGACCCACUGAAGGUGAUGGAGGAGUCACUAGUGGCAGCAGCAGUAACGGCCCCCGGUGGUGGACAAGUCAAAGGCAGAGGAGGGCUGCGAGGCCUGGCUAAAGCUUUUGAAGUCCUCGAACAAGCGGCCCUGAACCUAUAUCUCGGCCCCUGGAGGGAAGAGUAUAAAGCUGUCAAGAUGUACUCUGGUGUGUUUACCCACUCUAUCAAGCCGGUGCUGUCGAUGCCACAGGUUGAGAAACUGUUCGGUCUUUUAGGAUACCAGCCCAGCUCGGAUCGGCCAGAGCAGCUUCGUCUCCAGUCACCCAGAAUAAAGCCCGGCGCUCUGAACAACCUUCUUUGCUUGUCUUGUGCCUUCUUCUUGGCCCGCUGUGAGUGUCACCUCCUCCUGACGGCUCUGGGGAGGCACGCUGGGGAGACCCAGUGGGAGCUGAGUGUCGUGAGAGAGAGGCAGAGAGGAAACAACCUACAGGUUGCCUUGGAUAACACUGAGAAGUUGUUGGUGAAUCUGUAUGAUGGUGAAGCGGACAUGGAUCUGUACACAGAUGAGCAGGUUAAUGGCAGCCAAAGUGAGGCGGUUGUCAGUGACGAUGCAACUCCCCACUCUGUAUCCUGGAUGACUCAAAGCAGUGCAUCACCCCAAGCUGCCAGAACAUACAACAGCGGAGUGUCAUCCAUGUCCCUGCACACCAGCGAACACGCCUGCAUCUCUACACUCAGCUGCCAGCUGAUAUCACCUUUGGAGUCCGAUGCUGACAGGAGCUCCUCAGCCGGCAAGAGGCAAGGCAGACGUGCCUGUGAAGAGUCAAGGAUUGACACGGCAGAUUUACAGUCACAGUUAGAUGUGGCUGGGCUUAUCAAGAGGGAAGCCAAACACCUCUGCAUCUGUCACCGGUCUCCUGAUCCUUAUCUUCAACACUGUGUUGAUUGCAGAGCCUUUCACAAUAUCACCUGUGCCUUGCUUAAGGGUUGCCUGGCAGGGGGUCACCAUGUGUUAAACCCUGACAGGAAGAGGGAAGAAAUAGAGGAGUCUGGAUCAGUGUCAUCACAGAGCAAAAGCCUCAGAGUGACUGACAUGAGAGCGCCACCGACUCUCACCGGCAGCAGUGCAGCAGUGUCCUCCUCACUUCUGUGCGAUGACCCUGAAUCAAUAAUUACAGCUGUUCAUCCAAUCACCUACCAUGACUGCUGCAACCUCAACCGGCUGGACCCUCAAGUCCUGUGUGUCAGCUGUGGUGUCUUCCACUCUCAUUCCUGCCCAGGGAUGAGAGACUUCUGCCAAACUCAGCACACCAUCAAACAACUGGGGUUGUGCAUAUGUGGGAAGCGAUGCACCAGAAAGCCUCUGGUUCUGUGCAGGUAUUGUGGAAAUGAGUACUGUAUUAAUUGUUGGUACAGAAGCCCUGUUGUGUGCAGCUGUGGUCAAACAUUUGACCAGUCAUCCCCUGUGUGAGCUCUAGUGAAGCACAACUAGUGAAAUCACAGCGCCUUAAAUUUGUACUACAGACCCAGUAAAUCAGAAGCUCACAUGCUGCCUUGACAAGUGCUGAAGUGCCGUAUGAAGUGUGCUUCAGUUUGUCUUCUUUCUUUCUUUACUGUCCUCCAGUUACUGUGUAAAUGGGCAUAUAUAAAAUAUUGUGUGUAUUGAUGACACAAAGUUGUGAUCACAGUUUGUUCCUGUAGAGAUGGACAGAUGGUGUUAAAGCUUGUUUGACUUCAGUGAAGUGUAGAGCUGCUGGAGCUUGUGUCAAGUGAAGAGAACCUGACCACUGGUGCUUCACUGAGCCAGGGAGUUAUUAAAGUUUGGCAGUUGAACUGUACGACAGGCACAUCAGUGGAAUAAGAUGAGAGGAUCAUCACCAGAAAGCCACGUAUGAGAGAAAUCCUCCUAGUUCUAAUGUAAUCAGAGGAUUAGCAUCGUUUGAUGACUGUCACAUUGCAGUACGACUCCUGUGACUUCUAUAAGUAUCAACCCACUGCACGCUGACACUGGACCUUCAAUCUAAAACUGUUCAGCCAGUGAAGAGCACUAGUGCCUCAGCUCCAGUCUGCAAGUGUUGCUCUGAGUUUUACAAGCCACCAGAUGUCACUGUGCUUUCUUUGCUUGAAGCCCUGACGCGUUCAGUCUUUACCUGGCACAAGCAGAAAGACCCAAAGCUUCACAAGUCACAUCUCCAUUUCUUAAGUCACUUAAAUGUUCUUUGGUGCAAAGCACAAGUUGGUGUUCGUCUGCAUUUGUUGCCAGGACACAGACUGGGGUACAAAGGGUCAAUGCGACAUUUAGUAUCUGUGUUACAUGUAUGUUUUAUAAUACACGAGCAAGUGAGUUUGUUGACAGUGGAAUUAUAUUUGAAAGAGCCCCUGAACAAACCAGUUAUAUGUCAGAUUAUAGUUUUCCUAACUAAUUAAAUAAAGGCCUUUCUCAGAA